CCUUGCUCAACAUCUCAGUGUCUCCUGUUUGCUUUGCUUACUGGUGGCAGUGGUCUCCUUCACUGUUUCCGUGGCUCCGUCACUCUCUUUUCUUUGGCGUUCCUGGCUCUUCUGGCCUCCACAUGAAGAUUGAAGCUAUACCUGGUGCACCCCAGGAUGGGGAUUUCGAAUUUGUGCUAGCCACCGAGAAGGAAUUUGAAGAAGUUGUCUCCAUCUCCCAUGGGAUCUAUGGAGGACUGGAUUAUCUGCCAAGUCGAUACCACAGUUGGGUCAAUGAGAAAGACCGAAUGGUUGUACUAGCCAAGAAGGCAGGAGAUGUUAUUGGCCUCCUUUCCAUGUUUGUGGUUGACGGUGGUGAAACGGCUCUACUUGAAGGACUGCGAGUUGCACCAUGGGAGCGAGGCAGAGGUGUGGCAGGGGUUCUGCAGAGGUUCUGUUGCCAACUGGUGAAGCAUCGAUACCCAAAUGUCAAAGUCUUGAGGCUGACACGAGAUGACAAGCUAUCUCCAAAGGAGCUUGACAAGUAUAGAGUCAUUUCUAAACAGGGCAUACUUCUUGUCCGUUUCAAUGCACCUGAGUUUUCUUCUCGUUUGUCCUCCAUACCACAGCCCUCUGGGCCAUCUCGACCACCUGUCCUCCUGUCUCCUGAAGAGGUCUUUGCAGUUUUCUUGGAGCGUGGUGGCCUACUGAAAGACCUACUGCCCAACCAGACUCUCAUCCAGGAUUGGCAACCAUUCCAAGCACUACCUGGGAACCAUGACCUGUUACGCCGCAAGUCUCUUCGCUGGAUGAUUGAUGAUAGAGUUCGACCCCAGGUGGCCUCUCUCUGCACCCCACCAUUCCCUAUUCCAGCAGGACCGCUCUGUUUCUACCUCAACAUUGAUGUCUUUGGUUCUGGUUUGCAAGGGGCACAAGAGCAAUUAUUAUCUCACUUAGCUGCCCAUGUUCCCCUGCUGCCAGGAGAUGUAAAAUGUCAGAUCUUCCUGCCCCCAAGUAUGUGGAGGCCAAUGGCUGAGUUUUGCACCUCCGUGCUGGGUGUCCAGCUGGAUAAAGGUUACACAGAGCAAUAUCUUUUAGAGGAGGAUAUAUAGAGGGACUUAAAGACCCCUAACAGUCUGCCCUAAUGCAUCCCCAAUCUGCAUUAAAAUAGCCACUUCCAAUGGCCAAGCCCACCCAUUAGAUGUAUAUCACACCUAGCCUCCUACUUGCUCAUUACUACAAAUGUAUGUCUGCUAGUUUAUGUGAAAUAGAAAUCCUAGACCACCAAUACUCAACAACAUAUAUGUGCAUAGAGCAUAAGAGUCAUGGUGAAUAUCAUUAUAUAUUGUUAUAGCUGGCUUCUCAUGGGCGAGGCAUCAAAAGCAUAUGAACGUGGCUAAGUGUUGAUUGGAUGAAGCUUGGGUAGUUUGUCCCUACUGGAUUGUAAACUAUGAUAUAUAUAUUUAUUUCCUUUUCUUACUGUCCU